AUGAAUCAGCAAGAUCCAACUCAGCCAGUAGAACCGUUUUUGAAAAAUCUAUUAUCGACUUUAGACCUCCAAUACCAAACCCCGUCAAAUCAGUAUCCUAAUGUGGAAGCUUAUGCUACGCAGUUUGCUAAACAGUUGAAGCAGACCAGUGCGAUCAUCAUGAAUGGGAAACCAUUGAUACCUACUCAAAACGACUCAAGAUUAGAAUUCCAAAAAAAAUGGUUAGCAACGCCACUUACUACUCAUCAAUUGAAUAGUUUUGAUACCCAUUUGAUACCUGGUACUGGUACUUUCAUAAUCAACUUGAGUGGUAAAGUGAGAUUCGAUGAAUCCGGAAAGAACAGACUAGGUGAAUCAGCAGAUUUAGAUAAAAGUAUGAUGCAAAACAAUCAAAUGAGACCAAGACCAAUUUGGGGGUCAUGGUUUGGUUUCAAUAUGAAUCUAGUCAUCGAUGAAGGUCUUUUAAACAAUAGCGAGGCCCAAACUAUUAAUAGUUUGAAUUACAGAAUAACUUAUAAACCCCACGAUAGCAUAAUUCAAUUAUAA